AUGUCUUGCCGCUCCUACCGAGUCAGCUCUGGUCAUCGGGUGGGCAGUUUCAGUUCUUGCUCAGCAAUGGCCCCUCCAAAUCUGAACCGCUUCCGGACUAGCUCUGUCUCCUGCAGGAGCGGGUUCGGCUUCCGUAGUUUUGGUGGCUUUGGUAGUCGGAGUGCUAUCCACUUUGGAUCGUCCUCACCUCGGAUUGCAGUUGGGUGCUCUCGUCCUAUCCGCUGUGGAGUUGCCUUUGGAGUUGGCUCCGGUGAUAGCAGUGGAGUUGGUCUGGGCUUCAGGGCCAGCAGUGGUGUUGGCCUGGGGUUUGGAGCUGGCAGUGGCCUUGGCUAUGGUUUCGGAGGCCCUGGCUUUGGCUACAGAAUUGGAGGAAUUGGAGGCCCAUCGGCCCCCUCUAUCACAGCUGUGACUGUUAACCAGAGCCUGCUGACUCCCCUCAAUCUGGAGAUCGACCCCAACGCCCAGAGGGUGAAGAGAGAUGAGAAGGAACAGAUCAAAACCCUCAACAACAAGUUUGCCUCCUUCAUUGACAAGGUGAGGUUCCUGGAGCAACAGAAUAAACUCCUAGAGACAAAAUGGAGCUUCCUCCAAGACCAGAAAUGUGCCCGCAGCAACCUAGAACCUCUCUUCGAUAACUAUAUCACCAGCCUGAGGAGGCAGCUGGAUGUACUAGUCAGUGACCAGGCUCGGCUGCAGGCUGAGAGGAACCACGUACAGGACAUCCUUGAGGGUUUCAAGAAGAAGUAUGAAGAGGAGGUGGGAUGCCGAUCCAACGCUGAGAACGAGUUUGUAGCUCUGAAGAAGGAUGUAGACACAGCUUUCCUGAAUAAAUCGAAUCUGGAAGCCAAUGCGGAUGCCCUGGCCCAGGAACUUGAAUUCCGGAAGGCUCUGUACCUGGAGGAAAUCCAGCUGCUGCAGUCACACAUCUCAGAGACAUCUGUCAUUGUGAAGAUGGACAACAGUCGGGACCUGAACCUGGACGGGAUCAUAGCUGAAGUCAAGGCCCAGUAUGAGGAGGUGGCAAGGCGCAGCCGCGCUGAUGUUGAGGCCUGGUACCAGACCAAGUAUGAGGAGAUGCGGGUGACAGCUGGCCAACACUGUGACAAUCUACGAAACACACGGGAUGAGAUCAAUGAGCUGACCAGGCUGAUCCAGAGGCUGAAAGCAGAGACUGAACAUUCCAAGGCUCAGUGUACCAAGCUGGAGGCCGCCGUGGCCGAGGCAGAGCAGCAGGGCGAAGCGGCCCUCAAUGACGCCAAGUGCAAGCUGGCAGAUCUGGAGGGCGCCCUGCAGCAGGCAAAGCAGGACAUGGCGCGGCAGCUGCGGGAAUACCAAGAGCUCAUGAACGCCAAGCUGGGCCUGGACAUCGAGAUCGCCACCUACAGGCAGCUGCUGGAGGGCGAGGAGAUCCGGAUCUGUGAAGGUGUUGGACCAGUAAACAUAUCUGUGAGCAGCUCUCGAGGAGGUGUGCUGUGUGGCCCCGAGUCCUCCUUGGUCUCUGGAUCCAGCUUCUCCGGCAACAGUGGGGUCACCUUCUCCAGCAACAGUAGCAUCCGUACCACUGGAGGGGUUCUGACUUCCUCAAGCCUGAGGGCUGGUGGGGACCUGCUGAGCUCUGGGAUCAGAGGAGGCUCAGUGUUGGUGGGAGAUGCCUGUGCCCCCAGCAUCCCCUGUCCACUACCCACUGAGGGUGGCUUCAGCAGCUGCAGUGGUGGCCGCGGCAACCGCAGCUCUAGUGUCCGCUUCUCCUCCACCACUAGCUCUCACAGGACCAGGUACUAA